CUAAUUCUUCUUUAUCUAGACACCAGAAUGGGACAAACCGUCGCUACGCCCCUGAGCCUCACUCUCGACCGCUGGUCGGACGUAAAAGGCCGUGGCAACAAUGAAGGAGUCAUCAUCAAAAAGAAUAAAUGGACCACUCUCUGCGAGGCCGAAUGGGUUAUGAUGGGUGUCGGCUGGCCCCGAGAGGGCUCCUUUAACCUCUCUUUGAUUUCACAGAUUGAAGGGAAGAUUUUUGCCCCCAAACCCCACGGGCACCCGGACCAGGUCCCCUACAUAGCCAUCUGGAGAUCCCUGGUAGAAAACCCAUUUCCAUGGGUCAAGCCCUUCCUCCUAGGUCCCUCUACAACCCCUUUGGCUUUUCCCCCGCCCUCCGCACCUCCUGCGAUUUCUUCCUCCUCUUUAUACCCUAUACUUCCCCGCAAAGAGGCUCUCAAGCCUUCCGUCCUCCCCUCCGACCUAGACUCUCCCCUCAUUGACCUCCUAACAGCUGAGCCGCCGCCUUAUCGCGCGGCACCGGCCGCGCCAGCCGCGGGACCGGAAACAGGGAUGACGGCCAUCGGAGGGGCAGCAGCCCCUGAGAAGAUGGCAACUGGCGGGGACACAGGGGGGACCCCGGCUCCCUCACCCAUCGCCGGUCGCCUUCGGGCCCGCCGGGAUGACACCCCCCUGGAAUCCAAGGCCUUUCCCCUCAGAGAAGGGCCCGGCCGCCAUCUCCAGUACUGGCCAUUCUCGGCCUCUGAUCUCUAUAACUGGAAACAAUUUAACCCCCCGUUUUCCAAAGAUCCCGUGGCAUUAACCAACUUGAUUGAGUCUAUCCUAGUGACCCAUCGGCCAACCUGGGAUGACUGCCAACAGCUUUUGCAGACCCUCCUGACUGUGGAGGAGAAGCAGCGGGUGUUCCUGGAAGCACAGAAGCUGGUCCCCGGCGAAGAUGGGAGACCUACCCAGCUCCCCAAUCUCAUUGACAUAGCCUUUCCCCUCACGCGCCCGAAUUGGGAUUAUACCACCGAUGAAGGUAGGGGACACCUACGUCUCUAUCGCCAGUUGCUUUUAGCGGGUCUCCGUGCCGCUGCUAGGCGGCCCACUAAUUUGGCCCAGGUAAGAAGCACUAUGCAGGGAAGGGAGGAGACGCCUGCCGCAUUCUUAGAAAGGCUAAAAGAGGCUUAUAGAAUGUACACCCCCUAUGAUCCAGAGGACCCAGGGCAGGCGCCAGGAGUUAUCCUGUCAUUUAUCUACCAGUCGAGCCCAGAUAUCAGGACUAAGUUACAGAGGAUUUACUUUGAUGAAAGAGGACCCACGGUCACGGGGCCUGGGGGAACCCCUUUACAAGUCCUCGCCCUAAAUCUGGAAGAAGAAUACCGCCUUUUCGAGCCUGAGCCCCCUGAAGAACCACCGGAUCUAACUAAGCCCUUCGAACUAUUCGUGGAUGAGAACUCAGGUUUUGCCAAAGGGGUAUUAGUGCAAAAACUGGAGCCCUGGAGGAGGCCGGUGGCCUAUCUAUCCAAGAAAUUGGACCCGGUAGCCACUGGAUGGCCCCCUUGCUUACGCAUGGUGGCCGCUAUUGCAGUCCUGCUCAAGGAUGCGGAUACCGACCGAGUGACUUUCGGCCCCACAGUCUCCCUCAAUCCGGCCACCCUACUACCCCUGCCUGCCUCCUCGGGGGAGCAUGAUUGCCUCCAGAUCCUGGCGGAAGCGCACGGUACCCGUCCAGAAAGGACUCAGACUAUGUCUGGUUCACGGACGGGAGCAGCUUCCUCGAGGAAGGGACGAGAAGAGCAGGAGCAGCGGUCACCACUGAGUCAGAGGUGGUCUGGGCCUCGCCGUUGCCGGCUGGAACAUCGGCCCAGAGAGCGGAGCUGA